UGUGUGUGUGUGCGUGUGUGUGUGUUAGACCCCUCCUCCUCCUGCCUCAGUUACUCCUUCCCCUCCCUCUCUCACCCUCUUUGUGUCCACGCUGCUCCCGUCCUCACGAUCACUCGUCUUCUCUUCACACAUUCCGAGGAAGGGAAGAAACUCAUCCGUCUGUCCUCCAUCUCUCCAUCCGUACAUCAUCCAGACCAGAAUUUGGAGGAUAAACGAGGAUAAAGACAGCAGCGUAGUGUGUGCUUGUGUGUGUGUGUGUGUGUGCUUGUGUGUGUGUGUAUAUAUCUGUGUGUGUGUGUGUGAGUGUGUGUGAGUGUGUGUGUGCACUCACCCUGAAAGGAAACACUCUCAGUCCGGUGAAUGGAUGAAGAAGGACAGAUCCAAACUGGAGCGUAAUAAACGAGUGAAAAAACGGAGACGGACUGGGAAAGAGUCCCUCCAUCCACACCAUCCGAGGGAGAGAGCGAGUUCUCGCUCCAGCACCAGGACGAUGUCUCCGAAGGACAACAAACCCAAAAAGCCACCAAAGGACAGCAUGACCUUACUGCCGUGCUUCUACUUUGUGGAGUUGCCCAUCGUUGCCUCCUCGAUGAUCUCUCUGUACUUCCUGGAGUUAACUGACGUCCUCCAGCCGGUUAAAUCUGGUUUUCGUUGUUAUGACCAGUCUCUGAGUAAACCGUACGUGGAGACGGGAGACGAGCUCAUCCCCCUGCUCAUGCUCCUGAGUCUUGCCUUCGCCGGGCCUGCUGCCUCGAUCAUGCUAGCUGAGGCUCUGAUGUACUGCAUGCAGUCCAGAGUGAAGUUCACUCGUGGUUCUGAAGGCAGCAUCAACGCCAGCGGCUGCAGCUUUAACUCCUUCCUGCGCAGAACCGUGCGGUUUGUAGGGGUGCAUGUGUUUGGAUUAUGUUCUACAGCUCUAGUGACAGAUGUGAUACAGCUGUGCACCGGUUAUCACGCUCCAUUCUUCCUCACUGUGUGUAAACCCAACUACACUCUGCCUGGGAUCUCCUGCCACAAAGACCCCUACAUCACUCAGGACAUCUGUUCAGGACGCGACCAUUACGCUAUCCAGUCCGCUAGGAAAACCUUCCCAUCCCAGCAUGCAACACUCUCCGGCUUUGCGGCUGUCUACAUCUCUAUGUACUUUAACGCCACCAUCUCGGACAGCACCAAGCUCCUGAAGCCCGUGUUGGUGUUUAUCUUCGCGAUAGCAGCCGCUCUGGCGAGUCUCACGCAGAUCACGCAGUACCGCAGCCAUCCCAUCGACGUCUACGUGGGAUUCGUCAUCGGAGCCGGGAUCGCUGUUUAUCUGGCGAUUUACGCCGUUGGAAAUUUCAAACCCUCUGUGGAAUCAUCUCCUCGGAUACUGAAGAAGCCUCCUCCACCUCAGAAAGAUGCUCUUCAUGCUUUAACACAACGCGGCCAUGACUCCGUCUACCAGAAAGCACACGCAUCCGAGAGCAACGACGAGCUCGCGGCGCCGGUGGACGUAUCCGGACUAAACCGCAAAGUCCGCCGUGAAAAAGCCUCGAUGGGUAGUUUGAAACGAGCCAGUGCCGACGUGGAGCUCCUGGCCCCCCGAAACCCGAUGGGGAAAGAGACCAUGCUGACUUUUAGCAACACGCUUCCCAGAGCAAGCGCUAAUGCAAACGGCAUGGAAGAACCUGCGCAGCGACACAUGACAUUCCACGUACCUUCAUCCAAGCAGCUGGUAUCCGAGUGGAAGCAGAAAUCUCUGGAAAUGCGGACUUUGAGCUUGAGGGAGGACGGCCAACAGGGCGGAGCCAUUGAAGUAGUAGAAGAAACAAAUGAAGAGUCCAAGGAGAACUUGGACAUGGACUUGCAUACUUCCUUGUAUCCCAGUGUUCAGGCAGCGGCGGCAGCAACCAGAGUCUCGAUUCCCCAAAGACCUGGUGCUCCACAGUUGGUUCACAUCCCAGAAGAAGCUUCCAAACCUCCACCUGUAUCUCCAAAAAGUGCCACGACUAGAGCAAAAUGGCUUUCCAUGAUGGAAAAAAGUCCAGUAGCGGCAGCAACACCGGAGCCACCUCGUCUCCCAAGCAAGCCGCUGGUCAUGCAAGUCACGUCCACUCCGAAGUCUUCUGAGACAGCUUCAUCUUGUGCUACAUCAAGCAUUGCCUCGAGCACUGAGUCGCCAUAUUUCCGCAUGCCAUCCGAGCGAGAUUCAUGCAGCAUCGUCACCGUCGAUGCCCACGCACCUCAUCAUCCUGUAGUCCGUCUGUCUUCGGUGAGCUCCAACACCUGGGAUUGGAGGAGCAGCACCAACGGAAGCACAGAAAUCCAAGAAACCAGUCGAACCAUGCCCAGGAAGGAGUUCCGACCUGCUAAAACGGACUCCUUCGGCUCCGAACCGCCGCCACACCCAGAUUUGGUGCCACAAUUCCACCGAAAACCUUCUAUAUCCUCCAGGGACUGGGAUCCUGGACAGCCGCAUCCCGAACCGGACCAUUUCUUCAAAAACUUGCAAUUGGACCAACGAUUUAAAGACGCAAACCUUUAAAAGAGCAAGAAAGACUCAAAACCGGAGUCUUAUAUGGGGGGCAUCUUGAAAGCGUACCAGCGAAUUAAAGUCAGGCUUUCAAAGGAGUAGAAGAAUGAGGAAAUGCUUUUGUAUAGCUGAUGAGGUUCAGUGUGAAAUAGUCAUGUAUUUUAGGGAAGCGGGGAAAAGGAAUAGUUUUGGUCCUCUUAGCUGUCACACUUGUACAGCAGGCGACAACUUUAAGAACAAAGAUGGUGGCCAUUUCAUGAACAGCAAGAUGGACGAGACUUAUUUCUUGUUUCUGCCAGUUGGAGUUCAGUGUGAAUACGUCAUUUAUUUUAGGGAAGUAAGAAAUUGGGAAUGGGCAAAGGUACUGAUUAAACUUAGACAUAGAUCAAGGCUUUAAAGAUUGAGAACGCAGACCGGUUUCUUUUCUCUUGAAGGUAGGGUUUUAUGGGAAUGCGUCGUGUAUCUUAGGGAGGUGAGAAAAGCAAGAGGGUUGAACUGAGUAAACGUUUUCAUAGGGAGCGUCUGAACUUGGUCUUUAGAUCAGCUGAAGUUGCUUUCUUCACUUUACAGGAUGUAUUUAUUCUUUGGGAAUAAAUCAUGUGUCUUAGGGAGGAAAGCAAGACUAGGGAGGUUUUUAAAAGUAGGUGAAAAUAAGACUAUUGUUUGGUCAAACAGGUGACCACUUCUUCCAGAAGAGCCAUCAAACAGGCAACUUAAAGAUGGAGGUUUUUAAAAUAAACAAAAUACUGACCGAGAGUUUCUGUCGUUCCUCAGCAGGAAGUGUUCAGUAUUGAAACAUCGUGUCUCGUAGGGAGUUGAGGGGAAAAAGACAGUUUAACCCGGAACAACUUGGUCCAGUCUCUAGGGGUCAGUAUGAACGUUGUAUUUUAGGACAUUGGAUUAUCUGGAAGUGGAUCCGUAAUUUAAAGACUUGAUUUUCCAUUUCUUGAGCCAGUGGCGUUCAUUGUGAAUAUGUUGUUUAUUUUAGGUAUGAAUGCAUCGAUACUGAUUCCGGUAUCUGAUCCGAUACGUGUUCAUUUACUUGUAAAAAAAAUACUUUGAUACGAACAUCCAAUACCAGGUGAUACUGCGUAACGUAAUCUUACUGUACGACAUCAUGCUAAUAAACUGGACGUAUUUCACGAUGAAUGAUCAAAGCGAAACAGACUGCAAAAAGAUGAAGAACUACAGCAUCUUCCUGUAAUACAAGCGCUAAAACAUCUUAAACAUUAAACUCAGCAAACAACGUUAACAGUAAAGCUAAAUAAAAUGUUCCGUCACGCCCCGAUUGAUAAAUACUUAACAUCUUAUUCAUUUCAGUAUCGGUAUUCAUGAGUAACGAAUGAACUUGUACUUGUGCUAUGAAAACGUUUGUAUCGAUGCAUCCUGAAUGUUAGGUUGGUAAAGGGACGACGUCUCAUUGGACGGAGUAAAAUUGAUCAGUUAGGGUGCGAGGAGAGCAACUGAUUCUGUAGAUCAGAAGUUUGUUUCUUUUCUCUAGAAGGUGAGGAAAACAUCGUGUAUUUUCGAGAAGUGAAUCGAGGCAGAUUUUCUCAUUUUAUAAUCUGGAAUUGGAGGUCCUUUCACAAAUCACUUUAAAGUUGAAGGUAGGUAGGUUUAAGGUAGAAACUGGAGUGUGUGUGUUUAUAUACGAGGUUUUACGGUAACCACCAGGCGCUUAAGGGGGAAAAAGCUGCAGAUUGUCCGUUUUAGUUAAAAUCUACAGUCGAUACUAGAAAAGUUUACAUGCACACUUUCUUACUAAUUGCUAUACGUAACACUUUUCUCCUAAAAUAAGAAGAAAGAAAGUGUGCAUGUAAACUUUUCUACUGUCUACAACCUGGUAUUUACCGUAAAACCCUGUAUAUACACGCACUACUGUUUCUAACAAGUUUGAAUGCAUCUGCACUGACCGGCUCAGAGAGCAAACAGUGUUUUUAAUUACUUUCUAACUAUUAUUACUAUUAAAAUUAUUUGUAAAAUGUUAGAUUUGACACUUUGUUAUAGUCCUAAUUAAUUUAAUCUUUUUUGGUCCAAACGUUUGGUGGAAAAAGUGUUGAUUUUCGGGCAGAAACCUUCAGCGGCAUCUCUGAUAAAUCUGUGUAACUGAUGUUAGCUAUAAAGUACGUGUGUGUAAUGUUAGCUCUAAGGAACACACACUGAUAGAUUUUAUUUCACGUUCACGAAAUCAAAACUAUCUCCAUUUACUGUGACAGAAAGCGAGGAGGCCGCGUCAGUCAGGGCUUCUUUCAAGCAGGAAAAUCGAGUCGAGACGAGACGAGACGAGAGAUUACUAAUGCGAGAUGAGGGGAAGGGGGCGGGGCUUACUGGUGGUCAGUUAAUAUCAGAGAGUUCAAAACACCUACGCAACUGUCAAUCAUUCCAGAUUCAGAUGUCGAUUGGUUCGUCUGCUGUUUUGUUUUUUUGAGGGGUUUAUUGUUUAUGGUUUAUUGAAGGUAGGCGGGUCUGUGUGUUUUAGGCUCGAUAUCCGAACCAGCGCAGGAGAAACGAAACAGGAAAAGGAAAUCGAACCAGCAAGAAGACGAACUUGUCAUGAAUUCACUCGAAUGGAAUAUGCAACCGAACUUUAAUUAACUCUGAAAAUCAGGAAGAUUUCAUUUGCCUCAACUUGUUUGUUUCCAUCAUGCCAUGGACUUGAUGUUGAAUUAAAAUGUGAAAAACACCUUCAGAGUUUUAUACGACAACGAUUCUGAAAAGUUCCUCUCCGGUAACGUAAUGUACAGUGACUUUUUAGCGUACGAGGCCCGUUUUUGGUUCGGGAGGCCGGCUGAGUUUGAGCCUUUUUAUACUUAACUGUUGAAAAGUGUUGCUUGUUAUGAUGUGUGUGUUGCAUGAAGUUUUAUUUCUGUGUGUUAGUUUGUGGAAAGACUGUUCUACAUCAGCAAGAAAAGCUUCUUUCUUAUUGACUUGAACUUUUUGGUAAAAAUAAAAUUGGAUACCACUUACA